AUGGCUGUGCUCGCUGCAUCACGCUCAAAUGUCCACUCUCCAAUACCAACUCCUUCAGAUGAUCUUGCGGACUCAGAAAUCGAAGCUGAUGAUCAAGCACCUGCGAAUGGAGGAGACUUUUUUGGUAUUUACGAGGAAGAUGAAAUCCAAUGGCCCGGUGACAUGGAAUGGUAUGCUAACAGCAGUGAGAGUAGUGACAGCUCAGACUCCGAGGAUGAUGUAGUACCUGGCCUCGAUGAUGCCGAAUGGGAACCCCUCGUAACUGGAAGGGAUUUAGAGGACCAACUCGGAACUGCCGAAGAAGACAGCACAGAGAUGAAUAGCCACAAUCGUGAUUUGCGGCACCCCAUUCCGCAAGCUGACAUAUGUAAUGCAAACGCUGCAUACACUACUGUUAUCAAUUACACUGCAAAUCCAUAUGCCCCCUUCGCCUCUCGAGUGGAUUGGGAAAUUGCACGAUGGGCUAAAUUACGUGGCCCAACUUCAACCGCAUUUUCGGACUUGCUUGGUAUCAGUGAAGUCCAUGAAAAGCUUGGUCUUUCUUACAAGAACUCAAGGGAAUUAAAUAAGAUCAUCGACAAGCAGCUUCCUGGUCGCCCAAAGUUCAGGUGUGAACAAAUUGUCGUCGCAGGCGAGGCUUUCGACGUUUUUUAUAGGGACAUUAUCAAAUGUGUUAAGGCUCUGUAUGAUGACCCAGAUUUUGCCGAUUUUCUAAUCUUUGCACCGGAACGCCACUAUGCAGAUGAGGAACAAACUGUCCGAUUAUUCCAUGAUAUGCAUACUGGUAAAUGGUGGUGGGAUACUCAGAAAAAGCUUGAUCAGCGCAAACCGGGUGCUACCAUCAUUCCAAUUAUUAUUUCGAGUGACAAGACUCAAGUAACAAUGUUCCGAAAUAAAACGGCUUACCCAGUCUACCUUACUAUUGGCAACAUUCCAAAGGAAAUCUGCCGAAAGCCAUCUCGCCGUGCCCAUAUUCUUCUCGCUUAUCUUCCUACUACCCGUCUCGAGCACAUCACCAACCAGGCUUCACGACGCCGAACCAUUGCAAAUCUGUAUCAUGCCUGCAUGGGCCGUGUCUUAGCACCACUGGAGGAAGCUGGCUUAGAUGGUAUUGUCAUGAAGAGUGGCAAUGGUAUCCUGCGUCGCAGUCAUGCCUUAUUUGCUUGCUUCAUUGGUGACUAUCCUGAGCAAGUCUUGGUUACAGGAGUCAAAACCACGGAAUGUCCCAAAUGUGACAUACCACCAGCCGAACUCGGAAGCAAUGCCGCACCUUUCGAGAUGCGCAACCUUGACGCUGUCCUCAAUGCAUUGGCUGCGAUUGAUAACGGAGAUCUCGCAUUUGUACAUGCAUGCCGCGAAGCCGGAAUCAAGCCCAUUAUACAUCCGUUCUGGGAGCCCCUACCCUAUACCAACAUCUUCCAAGCCGUUACACCAGAUGUGCUUCACCAAUUAUACCAGGGUAUCACUAGCCUCUCACAAAUCAGUGGUACAGAGCAUAGUCAGAUAUGCCGUUUUCUACUUGGGAUCAUCAUCGACAUCCGACUCCCCAACCGUCUUGCCCCAAGCCGUCUCAUACGUGCCGUCAGAGGUCUACUUGACUUCCUGUACUUGGCGCAGUAUCCUUGCCACAGCUCCGAAACAUUGACUCUCCUCACAGAAGCUCUCGAUCUUUUUCAUAACAACAAGCAGAUCUUUGUCGGCCUUGGAAUACGAAACAAUUUUAAUCUUCCAAAGCUCCAUGCAGGCCGCCACUAUAUGUCGAUGAUCCAGACUUUUGGCACAACUGACAAUUAUAAUACAGAAUAUACUGAGCGCCUCCACAUCGACUUGGCCAAAGAUGCAUAUCGUGCAACAAACCACAAAGAUGAGUUUGUUCAAAUGACUCAGUGGCUUGAACGCAAAGAGAAGAUCACUCGACAUGAGAGACAUGUCAUGUGGCGCCUCCACGGCAAUCCCAUUCGACACCAACCUCGUCCAGCAAACCUGUCUUUCGACCGGGUUCAAACAUUAACGAAGCAUCCUAGCAUGAAAGCUGUGCCAAUUCAGAAGUUAAUCACGGAGUAUGGGGCCACGUACUUCCGUGAGGUGCUUGCAAGAUAUGUUGCACAGCUGCAUCAUCCACACGAAGCCACCACUCGUCGCCGCCUCGAAGACCUUGCUGCUGCUAUCCACCUUCCAUUCCGCACACUUCCUGUAUAUCAUAUAAUCAAAUGGCGAUCUGAUGGUGCACAGGGACAUGGUGACCCAUGUGUCACAGUGGACAGCGCGCAUGUCAAACCUCGCUGUGUGACCACCAGUCAAAAAGGCGCUGAUGUCCCAGCACGAUUUGAUACUGUGCUUAUUAAUGAUGGGACUGGCCGUUCUGCAGGUAUUGAAGGCUACCGUGUGGGUCAGAUUCGCGUAAUAUUCUCAAUCCCGCAGAAUGCUGUUACAAUGAUGUUCCCUACCACAAUCCAGCCUCCCAAACAUCUCGCCUAUGUAGAGUGGUUCACUUGGUUUCCUCCUACAGCUGAUUCGAACCAUGGAAUGUUCAAAAUCAGCCGCUUCGUGCAAUCGGCUGAGAGAGUUGCAAGCAUCAUACCCAUCACAAACAUCCACCGAAGUGUCCAUCUCAUUCCAAAGUUCGGACCUGUUGCACCUCGUCAAUGGACCAGUAGCGAAGUCCUCGAGCAAUGUGACACUUUUUAUGUUAAUUCUUACAUUGAUAGGCAUACAUUUGUGACAGUUAGAUAGCACAUUGUAACUUCAUUAAAGAAUGUUGAAGUUUAGCAAGAAAUCAUCAACCUUAUCUAUAGCUUGU